CCAGUUUCAAGUGUUGUUGGCACACGCUGUUUUGGCUUUGCACCAGGGAAUACUUCAAACACAUUCUGAAAAGGGAGCAAUAAGAACAAGGUUGUUAUUAAGGUUCUCAGUCCAGUCCCCAUCCUGUUGCCCAAAAAAGCUGCAACAAGAAUGAAGCUGGAUGAAAAUUAAGGAGGCGAGAGUAGAGGGGAAAAAGGCUCAAAAUACAGAAAGAAACCUGAAGAAAGAUUUUUUUGCCUGAUGGAAUUACUGUCAUGGGCAGGUCACCACGACAGCACCCCUUUAAGAAUUAACAUUACUACAUAAACCAGUAUUAUCCGGCCCUCUUUGCACCUGACUGUGUUCAAUGAGGUUUUGUAUUUCACUGUUUUUUUUGGCAAAGCCUCACGCGCUCACAACCUUAAGUCAACAUUAAAUCCAACUAUCCGGUUAUAAUCAUGAACUCUGUAUGCAGGAGCUCAAGACACGCUGCACAAGAACAAGCUGACGGAAAUCCACGACUUCAGAGAAGACAGCACAACUUCUGAAAGAAAUCACCAUACUCAGAAGAGAGUUACCUCUUCAUUUAGGAAGAUUUCAGAUGCUUCAUAUUUGAUUUGCUUUUUCUGCCAGCACAAUGAAGGAAGUGGUCUGCUUUUGCAUGAGUUUUUCUUCCUUGUGGGAACAGAUGGUAAAGGCUUACAAAUACAUAACUGGUAUUUUUUCAGUGACUCAUACCUCAGAGCAACAAGCUUCAGAUUGUGAUAAGCAGCCAACCAAGAUGGAUGUAAGCUUACUUGAGGAGAAGUAUGACCAUAUAAAACAGAAGCAAAAGCUGCAGUCACACAUUAUUAUAUUUAAAACAGGUACACAGGAAUCUGUUCUCCCAGAAUCGAUGGUCAGCACUGUUUUAAUUAAUAAAAAAGUUAGAAAAUCGAAGUCAUUUACAGAACAUGUUCCCGUCAGAAAGGUCAGACUGGAGGUGACCAGCAAUGGCAACGUGCAAGACAACUCACCAUGGCGCACUCACCUGGGAAUUCACCGCCUGGCACAAGCCCCUUGUCAAGAAGUUCCCUGGGAUCCUUCCCGCUGCAGGAACGGACCAUGCAGUUUUGACAACCGGAGACUGAUUUCAAAGGAAAACGGCCCACUGCAGCACCAGGAAUUAGAAGGUGCGAGUGAACUAUCCGUGCUCAGUCAGCUGGGAAGUUCGAGCAUGUCGAACGGUUUCAGCAAAGAGAACGGCAGCAACGUUUCAGAAAGCUGCCAAAAGCCUCCUCUGAAAUCAGCCGCUUCGGCAGUUUGGAUGCAGCAAUACAUUUCCUCUACAAAAUGCACGCCAGCUUGCCACAAACUAGACUUUUACCCUUUCCCCAAUAAGAAAGCACCCAGAAUUUCCGAAGCAGCAAGGAGGCUUGGGUUGUAUGUCUCACGAUGAAGAUCUUCAGUAACACCUAAAAUUUAGUCAAAAAAAAAAAAAAGAGGUAAACUUAAAACAGCAAAACAGUCUUCCUAGUUGCCCUGAUCAACCUCCUGAAAGCCUAAUACUUGUAUUACUCAAGGAAGAUCUUCUCUAAGUAAUCUGUUGCUUUACAGCCCAAUAUAAAGUGAGAUUUUGUAACGAAGAUCCUGGACUGCAACAGAAACUCACUUUGGCUGCUAUUCCAGAUAUAGGAGCAAUCUUCUGUUUGUUUGUUUCCUUCUCUAUUUUCAGGUUACUUGUUUUAGAAACUAAAAUUUUAUCACAACAGCAUUUGAAAUACCUGAAAGAGCUAGAGCAAAGAUUAGCAAAACUGCUAAUGAAGCAACUUGGCUAAAUUUCAAUGCGGUACAAUUUGACUAGACAAAUAAGUAAUGAAGCAGUAUUGAAGGUGAUUCAUACAGUAAACAUGAUUUGAUAAUUAUCUUUCCUUUUGGAAUGUUGAAAAGAUAUUCAUGAUACUUUCCAAUGUAUUUUUAAAUUCAAUGAAUAAAACCUUUGCUCAUU